GACAAUUGCAAGAUCUCAAAUUGAAAAUGGUGCUCAAGUUAUAGAUGUUAAUAUGGAUGAAGGAAUGUUCAAUUGGAAAGCUGUGACUCUUGCUAUAUUGGCUGGAUUAAAAUGUGUACAAGGAAAGUGCAUAGUUAAUAGUAUCAGUUUGAAAGAAGGCGAAACUGAAUUUAUUAAAAAGGCAAAGAUUAUUCGAAGAUUUGAUGCUGGUGUUGUUU